UGUUUUAACUAUAUAACAAUUUACCUGGUAACUGACGUUAUUCAAGUUGGGACAUUUACUAGUAGACACGAAGACUAUUUAAGUAUAAAAAUGUGGAAGAGUAUAAAGAACAAAAGGAACAAAUUCAAAACAAUAUGGACUGGGAAUGAUUAUGAAAUUAGACACAGUAACCAACAACGAUCUCCAUCUGAAGGAACGGUCAAAGUUUUAACACUGCAACGUACCGUAUUAGAAGAACCUGAAGAUGAUGAAAUUACAGAAUAUCCCGAAAUUGAGGAAUCUAACAAAAUAGAAGAAACUAGAGAUAAGUACGAUGAUCUUGAUGGUAGAAAAACACAAAAGACAAAACCUGUGGCAUGCCUUGAAUGUGUGAAACCGAUUCAGGUUUUCACAAGUGACGAAAUAAAAAUAGGAGAUCACGUCAAAUUCCAUGGACGAAUAUAUGAUCACCAUGCAAUUGUUGUAGAUGUUAAAUCUUCGAAUGAAAAAGAUCAUAAAGUAGACUUAGAAUUGGUACAUGCAUCAAACACGACAGCUGGUGCAAUAUAUAAUUGUAUAAAACCGUUUGGUAACAAAGCUAAAUUGUUGAGAGAAACAAAACGAAUAAAUUUAAAGAAGAUAAAAGUUAUGGUGUAUAAAUAUUCGGAUACUAUUGAACAUUUUUCGCCAAAAGAGAUUGUCAGUAGAGCAGUCACAACGAAAUCCAAUCCUGAUUUCAAAUACAACUUGCUACAUAAUAACUGUGAGCAUUUUACAACAUGGUGCGUUACAGGACAGGGUCUCAGCUUACAAAUCCGAAAGAUACGAAUGGUAAAGGGACUUUUUGCAAAUCAAGGAUUUCAAGGUAUCGGUGACGAAGUUCUUCGAAAUAAAAUCGAAUGUGAAAAGGGAAUGCUAUGUGCACUGUGUUUCGAGAGAAAUCGAAAAUUGUUAAAUGUCCCAAAACAACCAAUCAAAUCAAAAAAGGAUGUGGAGAUUGGAGAUAUAAUUACAUAUACGUACUACAGAUGUUGGCAUACUGCCGUCGUGCUUGAAAUCAUAGCACACGACAAAUCACUGCAGUGUAAAAUAGCUCAUUAUGCAUUUCGUGGUUUACAUAGAGAUAGAAAAAUUAGACAGGAAACAUUAAGAAUUCCGUUAGAUGGUAGUGUAAAAGUAACUGACUUCUCUAACACUGAUUAUACUGUCUAUGAUCCAGAAGAAGUGGUUGAAAGGGCUCGAAGUAAGCUUGGCGAAAAACGUUAUGAUCAUUUUUCGAACGAUUCAAGUCAUUUUGCUCGAUGGUGUAAACUUAAAUUGUACAGAAAGCGAUAUUCAAUGGAAUAA